AAUGAAUUGAGAUCUGGAAAGGCUGCACAGGCACUGGGAGAGGGGAAGAGCAUGAAGGCUCCCUUGGACACAAACAUCUUCUGAGGGAGAAGACUGAGGAAGGAGCCUGCCCUGGCGCUGUGGAGGAUCUGGGAGAGCUCCAGCCCUGCUGGAGCCAACGCCCCCGGGCAGCCCCAUGGACUCUCCCCACCUCCUGCACUUGGGUUUCCUGCUCCUGGCUCUUGCUGCUCCCCAUCCAAGUAUUGCCGUGUCCACUUCUGGCCCUGCUAGGUGGACACGAGGCAGCACAACUAUGACAGUCUACCGCUGUAAGGACUGUGAAAGCUGCAAAUGCAAGGAUGGGAGAAUCGAUUUUAAAAACUUUACAAGAAUCGCUGAAAUACAAAACAAGAAGAACAUUAUUCCAGGUGUAACAGUUGAGUUGGUGACCAAUGAAUCACACAUCACUGUUUGCUUUGAGCAAGCAAAUUUCUGUCCUGAAGAAGUUUAUGGCAUCUUGGACGAAACUGAGCCACCAAAAUUGUGGUGUGGCAUCCUGAAUUCUGGAGAAAAUGGAGGAGGUAACAUCAAUACUGAGGACAAGACUGUUUGCUGUGAAGCAGAGGCAGAUCCCUGGCGACACAACCCUGACCUGAAGUGCAACGUUCAAAAGUCAGGUCCAAAACACACUGCACUGCCAGUUGCCAUUCCUGGUAAUCCUGAAUUUCUCACCAGCAAAAAGAGCAGCCUUGGCAUCUUGCUGGCAUUCCUGUUUGUUGGGGUUUGCACAGGAUGGGGCACCAUGUUUUACUUCUUGCGGCUGCGGCGUCGCCAAGCUUCUAGGCAAGACGGAGAGGCUUCUGAUACAGAAAGGCUCACACGUUCUUGAUAACCAUCUACAAGGGAGAAAACUUCUCUGCCAGCAGCAUCCUCCUCCUCUCUCAUAAUGUACAGCAACCAUCUAAACACAGACUGGUUUUCCUGGAACUGCUGCCCUUGUAAUCCCAAAUAGUCCUGUUUUCACAAAGGUACCUUCACCACAUCCACACCUUCCCCAAGCACUGUGACUCUUCUCCAGCUCCUUUUGAGCAGCACAGGCAGCACCAGGAGCCUCCAUCCUCUCCUUGCAUUGGCUGCAGACAGCAGGCACCCCAGGGUGUGUGGCUGACUCAGCAGCACUGAAACCAGCUGAAUUCUCUCUAUGACAAAGUGGGAACAGCUCUGAAAUGCUUCCCAUGCCCUCUGCAUGGCUGUGUCACUUGGUAAUGCCACAGCAGCACCCAGGUGUCUCUGUUGUUUGAAUUCUCAGGUCAUCCCUGCAUUCACCAAGGCCUUUUGCACCACAAGCUGGCUGGUAGGUUGAACUGAAAGAGUUUGGAAGAGAUUUUUGAUGUUGCCCCCACCUGCAGGCUGAGGACAUGUCUGAGUGUUUGCUCUUGUGCAGGCUGUGUCCAGCUCCCUCAGGAAUGGCACUGGGUCACAGAGGUCCCCCAGGCUGGGCAGAACUCUGGUAUCAAUCUUCCUGACAAAUUAGGCAAGUUUAGACAGUGUGAGAUGAGUACAGCUCCUCAGGAAUCACUUUGGGUAUUUGGUAUCCUCAAAUCAUUCCCCAUUCCCACCUGAUUUGAAUAAAGCCUCAGCUUUUGCAUUGGAUCUAAGUUACUGUCAGGACUAAUGAGCAAAAAUCAUUGGCAGCCCAAGUGGAAAAGCAAAUCCCUAAAGCAAUGUGAAUGUUUGCUGAAUCACUGUCCUUUUGCCACACAGCUAAACACAAGCACACACACAGUUCUUGGUUCAUUUCUGCUUUGAUUGACUCAGUUUUGUUUGUUGCUGGUUUUUUCCUCAAUGUGUUUUAACCAUCCAGUCAGUAGGAGAGAGAACCUUGCCAACAAACUCUGUUGUGCUGGUGCUUAAUAUCAGAUCUGGAUUGUACUGAUCCCCUUGCUGGUGAUGUUUUAAGAGAUCACCAACACUUGGAACAGGUGAUUCUCAUUUGAUCCCUCAAUAGUUCAUUGCUAUUCAUUGUACAAAUGCUUCUCGUUCAGUAUCUUUGGUUAUUGGGGUCAUUGGAGAGCUCUAAGGGUCUAAUUAUACAUUUGUAUACCUUUGUUUCUCAAUAUAGACUGGAUUUACACCUUCUGCAGUCAUCUUUCAGAGAAUCUGUAUU